UCUGCAGAAGGACUACUUUUAUUUUUGACACUUGAAGUACAUUUUGCUGGUAACACUUACUUUUAGUUAAGUAAGGGUUUGAGUGCAUGAACUUUUACUUGUAGUGUUUUUCACAGUGUGGCAUUUCUACUUUUAGCUCCUCAAGUAAAGUAUCUGAAUACUUACUGGCAUUAAAUCAUCAUGUAUUAGUUAUUCAUUAGUUAGUUAUGCAUGUGCUGUCUACCCUAAUUACUAAGUGUUAUCAUGAGAUUGAAGAUACGGUGACAACUCUCAACAUCAACAUAAAUAAACAUCAUCGACAGUACCGGAGUAGAGCCUCCGCCCUCCAGUUUCCUAGGCAAUAAACCAGGAAGUAGCGGGUGACGGCCAGCCAAUCAGCAGCUCCACUUCCUGCAGUCAGCUAUCGACGACGAAUAGGGUUGAUGUGACAACGUUAGGUAAAACAUUUGACCAAGUGUAACGUUAAGCGGGAGUUAAACAGUGUGUUAGACUUAACUAACUAAAUCAAAACCAAGUCAGAGAAGUGGUUAGUAGUCAUCUAGAGCCGUAUAUAAAGCUAGUUUCAGCCUCGUCGCCGGAGAGAGAGUCAGCCUAUCAUGUGAUUUUAAACAUGGGCUGGCUGUUGCUCGACUCCUGAAAAGUUCCCGAAAGUUUCGUUUCUAGUUUUUAGAAGUUGGGUUGUUUUGAUCACACGUCGGGACGCCAGUCUGUGGUUUUCAGAUGGAGGUGAACCGUCUGGACUUCUACAUCGGUCUCUCUCUGGCGGUGAGCUCCAGCGCUUUUAUCGGCGCUAGUUUCAUUCUGAAGAAGAAAGGCCUGCUGCGAUUGGCCAGCAAGGGUUCAAUGCGAGCAGGUCAAGGGGGGUAUGCCUACCUGAAGGAAUGGCUGUGGUGGGCAGGACUUAUUUCAAUGGGAACUGGAGAGGCCGCUAACUUCGCUGCUUACGCAUUUGCUCCGGCCACACUGGUGACUCCUCUUGGAGCAUUGAGUGUUCUUGUAAGUGCCGUGCUCUCCUCCUACUUUCUGAAUGAAAGGCUGAAUGUGCAUGGGAAGAUCGGUUGUUUGCUGUGCGUCCUGGGCUCCACAGUGAUGGUGAUCCAUGCCCCGCAGGAAGAGGAGGUUGCUUCCCUCAGUGCCAUGGCCGAGAAGCUCAAAGACCCAGGUUUCAUUGUCUUUGCUGUGUGCGUUGUGGGAAGCAGCCUGGUUCUUAUCUUUGCUGUGGCUCCGCGGUUUGGACAGAAGAAUGUGCUGGUCUACAUCCUGAUCUGCUCUGUGAUUGGCUCCCUCUCUGUGUCUUGUGUCAAGGGCCUGGGAAUUGGCAUUAAGGAGCUGUUUGCUGGGACAGCAGUGCUGAAGGAACCCCUCUUCUGGUCGCUAGUCAUCUGCCUGGUAAUCUGUGUCAGCGUUCAGAUCAACUACCUGAACAAAGCCCUCGACAUCUUUAACACCUCCAUAGUCACUCCCAUCUACUACGUCUUCUUCACCACCUCUGUCAUGGCCUGCUCUGCCAUCCUCUUCAAGGAAUGGUUGAGUAUGACCACUGACGGAGUAGUGGGAACAAUUAGCGGGUUCCUCACCAUCAUUUUGGGGAUCUUCCUCCUCCAUGCUUUCAAGGACAUUACAUUUAAUGGGGAUUCCCUCCCACUCUACCUGAGGAGGGGUCCUCAGGGCUUUCCAUGGGGGCAGCAGCCCUUUGUGGCUCUUCCCAGCCAUGACAUGCAAGCAGAGGAUGAGAUGAAGCUGUCCAGAGAGGGAGGCUCAAAGGGGGGGUGGGGUACACACCAGAGAGCUCCAUAAAGAGGACCACUAGUCUUGUCAUUACUUAAAAAAAUUGCAAUUCUGAGGCUUUAAUGCACAUUACAGCUUUACAGUAUGACAAGUUGGUUGACUAACAGAAUUUUGAGUCUGCUUUAUAUAAUGCAUUAUGCACUGGAUGAACAAACUUGUCUAAAGUGAGCAUAAUGGUCCUAUCAACACACUGGAUUCGGUAUGAACUUACACUCUUAGUUGUACAUUAUAUUACAAGCUUGUGUUUUUCCUUUGGUUAAAAAAAAGACAAGACAGAAUUUUAUUCUGUGGUAUAAUUUAUAUCAGUCUGAAUGUCUGUUGCACUGUUGUGUAAAUUUUUUCUUUACAGUAUAUGAAUUUAAAGAAACUUUAGCCUGCAUAAGCCAGAUUGUGCCUUCUGAAAUCAGUAACCUUAUACAUAGUUUUGCACUUUUAACCUUAGCAUGUACACCGAUCAGCCAUAAAUAGCAUUAUGACCACCUGGGCAGCCCCAUACCAACAAACUGUGAUCUACUGUGUGUUCUGACACCUUUCUAUCAGAACCAGCAAUAACUUUUUCAGCAGUUUGAGCUACAGUAGCUCGUCUGUUGGAUCGGACCACAUGGGCCAGCCUUCACUCCUGACGUGCAUCAGUGAGCCUUUGCCAUCCAUGACCCUGUCUCCGGUUCUUUGCCUUUCCUUCCUUGGAGCACUUUUGAUAGGUACUGACCACUGCAGACCGUGAACACCCCACAAGAGCUGCAGUUUUGGAGAUGCUCUGACCCAGUCGUCUACCCAUCACAAUGUGGCCCUUGUCAAAAAGUCGCUCAAAUCCUCACGCUGCCCAUUUUCCCUGCUUCUAACACAUCAACUUGAGGACAAAAUGUUCACUUUCUGCCUAAUAUAUCCCACCCACUGACAGGGGCCAUGAUAACCAGAUAAUCAGUGUUACUCACUUCACCGGUCAGUGCUCAUGUUAUGGCUAAUCAGUGUUUUGUACAAAUGUAUUUUAUGACCAGUGUAAAGGCAGAGAUUGCCCUGAAUGCAUUUCAAUCAUGUUGUUUAUGAAUAAGUUUGACUAAUUGCUCUGACAAAUUACUGUAAUACCUCAGUAUUAUAUACAAACUGCACCAAAGAAUGUUCUUUCCCUGUAUAAAUGAAUUCCCAACGUGCCAGGCCGUAACAUAUAUCUGAUAGAACUGUUACAUUUUGUUUGUUUGAUAAUGCUCAUUAAAACAUGACUACAACAUUA